UCAUCAUGGGGAGACUGUCUGCUGCAGUCUUCCUGUUGUCGCUGAUAAAAGUGUCCGAGUGUAUUCAGGUGGUUGUUCCUCAGCAGCAGCGUACUGUGGGUCUGUUUGGCUCGGUGACACUCCGCUGCGACUACUCCACCUCUGCAAAUCCCCAAGAUGUCCUUGUCACCUGGAGGUACAAGUCCUUCUGCAAAGACCCCGUACUGGAGUACUACUCCACAGCUUACCAGUCGGCGCUACAGUUGGGUCAGGACCCAGCGAAUGACUGUCCAGACCGCCAGCGGACAGUGCGGACUGUCGUUCAGAAGAGAGGAACCCGGGAAGCCAUACUGGGAUCCGAAUACAAGGAACGCAAGAUAUCCGUCCAAAACAAUGCAGACUUGGUAAUCAAUGAGGUGAUGUGGUGGGACAAUGGGGUGUACUUUUGUUCUGUUGAUGCUGCUGGAGACACCACUGGAGACUCUGACAAGGAAAUCAAGCUCAUUGUCUACCACUGGUUGACGGUGCUGUUCAUCGUCAUCGGUGCCCUCCUCCUCAUCCUCCUCUUCUGCAUCUGCUGCUGCCAGUGCUGCCCGCAGAGGUGCUGCUGCUAUGUUCGCUGUCCCUGCUGCCCACAGCAAUGCUGCUGCCCUGAGAAAGCUGUCAUGGAGCAUCGCAUGAUGAAGGAGGCUCAGAGGGCCAUGGCUCCCUGGAUGGGUGGACAACAAGUAUAUGCACCACCAAUGAGCCACAGCGCCCAGAUGAACCCAAUGCUUUACGCAGGAUCAGCCUCAGGGAAACACAUCCCUAUGCAGCCGAUGCCCCUCCCUCCCCCUCAGUCUUCAGCUUACAGCUAUCCUGCUCCCAGUGUCCAGGGCGCCCACACCCCCGCCAAUACCAACCACAUGCUUAAUUACCUGGAGAACCAGGUGCGGGGAAUGGAUAUUACGAGUCCUCUGCUACAGUCUCAGGGGCAUCCACCGCAUCCACAUCCCCACAUGCAGCAGAUGCCACCUCCUUCCCAGCACAUGCCCGUCAACGUUCCCUUUUCCCCCGGCCCUCCCAGCAUGAUCUCUGCUCUCGAUGGUCCAUCAGAGCGCCGCGUCAUUACACUGCCACCAAUAAAGGAGAAUUAUAUGGGAAGAAAUCCACCUCAACCACCCAAGACUCGCCCUCCGAGCUCCAGUGAGAGCAGCCGCAGCGGCUUUGGCCGCCGUGACGAGCGAGGAGCACCAGGGAGAUCUAGGGGCAUUCCCCGGAGCUACAGUGAGGAGUCAUUGGACGAGAGGAGUAACAAUAGAUCACGAGGGGGCAUGGACCGCCCUCGCUCCCGCUCGAGGGAUGACCUCUUUGACAGCAGGUCCAGAGGGAACCACUCUCCUCCGGCAGGACGGCGCUCCAGAGGAGGAUCUUGGAGCUCAGAUGAUGAGGCCAGCAGCAGGAGAGGAGGAGGAGGAGGAGGAGGUAGAAGAGGAGGUGGAGGCUGGUCCGAUAAACCUCCCACCUACACCGAGUAUGAGCCUGGCCAGAAACCAGGAGGGCGGAGGAAUGGACACUACUCUGACAAGAGUUCUCGCAGUGGCACCAGCAUCGUCAUCUGAGCCGUCCAGCUGCGAAUCGCUCUGUGACAUUUGUUGUAAAGAACGUGCACAACUCCUUGUUGCCUGGUUACUGGUAAACCUAUAAAGACCACCAUUUUUAUCCUUUUUAAAGGAAUAAUACACAAUAUCUUUUCUAACUGUAAUGAAAGGGGUUAAACUCAAUAAUUCACAAAAUCUUUGUGAAACACUUGGAAACAGUGAAACAUUUGGAGAACUAUAAGAUGACCUGUCAUGAACUGAAAAGCUACUGGUUGACUCUCCCCUCUACUGGUUGGUCCAAGUAACUACAAUAUUCUGAAGGAGGCGCAGCACAGUUGGAGCUUACAUGAGAUAAAGCCAUAAUAACAAGCAUGGCAUGCAGAAGGACUUGUGCUUCAAGCAACAGCAGUGGAUUUGUUUCACUAAUGAUUUGAAGGAAAUUAUGUGUAGCAUUAGAAGCUGUUCAGCAAAUCGUAUUCAUUUUUAAACAUUUGUACAGACAGUGACAUCCCUUGAUACCCAUCAACAGCUGUUACCAUUAUGUUCAUUAAUAAUUUGUGUGGUGAUGAUGUAGGAAAUGUAUAAAAUUAGAAAACUGUAAUGCAUUGGGGUUUUUUUCCGUCUCGUUAACACUGAACAGAGACAUUGUUUUUAUGGAUUAUGUUGAUAAUAAAGUUUUUACCUUUUUUCAGCAUACCCAUUUGUUCGCAUUUAUGUUUAAACAAUUACUAAAAAUAAGAUGUUUGGACAUUUUCAUAUCUAAUAAAUACUAUAUCUGCAUGAUGCAUGAUACGUUUUAUAGUACAACACAGAAUGCAACUAACGCUUUUCAUGUUGAAGUGAACAAUGCUGCCAGUGUUUAUAUGUAAAAAAAACUACUCUUAAUUAAAUUUGAUCAACCAUUCUGAGUAUGGGGGUGUUUAACCACAUACACACACACGCACACACAGGUCCAGACGUACUUGGACAAUUGCAUUUUUGACUAUACACCA